UGGAGGAUUUCUUCCCCUUUUUAGUCCUCCUGUGAGUCCAGCUGGAGUUCUGUCCUCUUCUUCUGCCAUGGAGCGAGGACCGGUGUUAUACCUUUUGACCUUCUACUGCAGCAUAGUUGCAGCCUUGGAGAAGGCCCAGAUGUUCCCCUAUGGCUCCUUAAGUGGAGAUUCCCUUUUGGAGGAAGGGGACGAUGAAACCUCCAAAGUCUUAUCUUUGCCUAAACCCUUCUACUUCUACGAUACCCCCUUCUCUCAGCUUUAUGUGGCCACCAACGGAAUCAUCUCAGCUCAGGACCUGCCGAUGGAGAAGCAGUACGUGGAUGACUCCUUCCCCACAGACUUCCCAGUGGUGGCGCCGUUUCUGGCCGACAUGGACACCAGCGGAGGACGAGGACAGAUUUACUAUCGGGUGACUGAAACCCCGAGCAUCCUCAACAGAGUUGCCCAGGAAGUCCAACGAGGGUUCCCGGAAGCCAAAUUCACACCCAACUACGCCGUGGUGGCGACUUGGGAAAACGUAGCCGCCUACAACGAGCCCACUCGAACCAACGGAGGCACUUCCAAUGAGGUCAACACCUUCCAGGCCGUGAUAGGAUAUGAUGAAAUCGACUCGUACGUUCUCUUCCUCUACCCGGAGGGUGGCCUGAACUUCUUUGGGACGAGACCCAAGGAGUCAUAUAAUGUGGAGAUCGAGCUUCCUGCUCGAAUCGGAUUCAGCAGAGGCGAAGUAACGUAUCUGAUUUUUUCCCGAACCGAGGGACCUCACUACAGCGUGACCAGCGAUCAACAGAGUAUCAAACGUCUCUACCAGGCUGGCAACACAGGGACUCCAGGCGUUUGGCUUUUCCACACCGGGAACUACUAUUCUUUUGAAAACAUCGUGCCUGCGUCGAGUAGCGGCCUCCUUUCAACAUUGGCACCAAGAGAACAUGCCCUGCCUCUGGACACCACCACACCCGAGUACAGCGACUUUGAAGAGUACACAGACAGCAGUAACUUUAACUCCGCUAACGAAGAGGAAGAGGAGGAUUACCCUCUGACUGGUGAAGAUCCGGAAUUCCAGCCAGAGCUCGCUAAUGAAUCCCUUCAGCCAAGAAGUUCGAACCCUCCUUCGUCAGCGUCCGAGGACUCGGCUCGACAAGAUUUACCUUUGACCGCUGAACCCAGACGCAGUUCAGAGAGUGUCGAUAGCCAGUACCUUCCUCAUCCUCAUCCUCGUAGAGAUAGGAUCCCAGAUGGAGGGGACCAGCGGUCGCAUGGGCAGAAACCUCAGGUUCCUGUGGAUGUGGUAGACCUGUACCCCUCUCACGGAAACCACCCCCCACUGUCCCCUGGGGGUCAUGUUGUCAGUGUGGACGAAGAUGACAUUGACUUUGACACAGGAGUGAUCCAGUACACCACUGAGAACAAGGAAACAUGUGCCAGGUUCCAGCAGCAGUGUUCCCAGAAUGCAUUUUGUUCUGACUACGCUACAGGCUUCUGCUGUCACUGUCAACCUGGAUUUUACGGAAAUGGCCGUCAUUGUCUGCCCAAGGCGGCCCCCCAACGUGUCAGCGGCAAGCUCAGCGGGACGGUGAUAGUGGGUAUGACCCCCGUGGAGCUCAACCAAAUCGAUCUCCACGCUUACAUCGUGGUGGGAGACGGGAGGGCGUACACAGCCGUCAGCGAGAUCCCUGAGCCAGUGGGUUGGGCCUUGAUGCCGGCUGCACCGAUUGGAGAGUUGUUUGGAUGGCUGUUUGCUCUGGAGCUGCCCAAUAGCCAAGCCGGAUUCAAAACUACAGGAGCGGAGUUCAAGCGUCAAGUGGAGCUCAUCUUCUACCCUGGAAAUCAGCGACUGUCAAUCACUCAGACAGGACGAGGCCUGGAUGACCACAACCACCUCACCGUGGACACCAUGCUCAACGGCAGCGUGCCGUUCUUACCGCCCGGUGCAGAAGUGACUAUGGACCCCUUCAAGGAGACCUACCAUUACUACCCAUCAGUUGCCACGUCUACUUCUGUGAGGGAGUUUACGGUGGUCUCACCGGACAAAGGAUCGGAGUCCUUCUCCUUCCAGAUAAAGCAAAACAUCACCUACCGGGACUGUCGACAUGACAGCCGGGCUCCCCCUGUGGAGACCCUGCAGAUUACCAUGGAGAGAGUGUUCGUCAUGUAUGUGAAGGAGGAGCGCAUCCUGAGAUACGCCAUCACGAACAAGAUCAGCCCAGUCGGAGCGGGGCAGACGGGCCCAGAGGUGCAUCACCCCUGCUAUGAUGGAAGCCACGACUGUGACACCACGGCACAGUGCAUUCCACUGGAGGGCCAAGCUUUCCAGUGCCGAUGUGCAACUGGUUACAAAGGGGACGGACACAACUGCUACGAUGUGGACGAGUGUGCUGAGGGUUCGGCGACAUGCGGCGCACAUUCUCAGUGCGUCAACCUGCCAGGUAGCCAUCGCUGCCAGUGCCAGGGUGGCUAUGAAUUUGGCUUCGACGGACGCACAUGUGUGGACGUGGACGAGUGCCACACUUCUCCAUGCCACACCAACGCCAGAUGCACCAACAGCUUAGGUUCCUUCUACUGUGACUGCCAGACAGGCUUUUAUGGAGACGGCCUUCAUUGCUCCCAGCAGGAAGAGGAACCACAACGUCCUAAAAGCCACUGCGAGCAUCACAGAGACAGCGUGCAGACCACCAGUCCAGAAGGUUAUCCUCUGGUGGGAGCGUUUGUACCUGAGUGUGAUGCUAAUGGACAAUACACACCUCAACAGUGUCAUGGUUCCAGUGGACAUUGUUGGUGUGUGGACAGUCAAGGGAAAGAAAGACCAGGAACCAGAACUCUGCCUGGUACAACACCAACAGAUUGUGACAAACCAGAACGUCCUAAAAGCCACUGUGAGCAUCACAGAGACAGAGUCCAGACCACCAGUCCAGAAGGUUAUCCUAUUGUUGGAGCUUUUGUACCUGAAUGUGAUGCCAAUGGACAAUACACACCUCAACAGUGUCAUGGUUCCAGUGGACAUUGUUGGUGUGUGGACAGUCAAGGACAAGAAAGACCUGGAACCAGAACUCCUCCUGGUACAACACCAACGGAUUGUGACGAAGCAGAGAAACCACAACGUCCUAAAACCCACUGUGAGCAUCACAGAGACAGUGUGCAGACCACCAGUCCAGAAGGUUAUCCUCUGGUGGGAGCUUUUGUACCUGAGUGUGAUGAUAAUGGACAAUACACAGCUCAACAGUGUCAUGGGUCCAGUGGACAUUGUUGGUGUGUGGACAGUCAAGGACAAGAAAGACCAGGAACCAGAACUCCACCUGGUACAACACCAACGGAUUGUGAUAAAGCAGAACGUCCUAAAACCCACUGUGAGCAUCACAGAGACCGAGUCCAGACCACCAGUCCAGAAGGUUAUCCUCUAGUGGGAGCAUUUGUACCUGAGUGUGAUGCUAAUGGACAAUACACACCUCAACAGUGUCAUGGUUCCAGUGGACAUUGUUGGUGUGUGGACAGUCAAGGACAAGAAAGACCUGGAACCAGAACUCCACCUGGUACAACACCAACGGAUUGCGAUAGAGCAGAACGUCCUAAAACCCACUGUGAGCAUCACAGAGACAGAGUCCAGACCACCAGUUCAGAAGGUUAUCCUCUAGUGGGAGCUUUUGUACCUGAGUGUGAUGCUAAUGGACAAUACACACCUCAACAGUGUCAUGGUUCCAGUGGACAUUGUUGGUGUGUGGACAGUCAAGGACAAGAAAGACCAGGAACCAGAACUCCACCUGGUGCAACACCAACAGAUUGCGAUAAACCAGAACGUCCUAAAACCCACUGUGAGCAUCACAGAGACAGAGUCCAGACCACCAGUCCAGAAGGUUAUCCUCUAGUGGGAGCUUUUGUACCUGAGUGUGAUGCUAAUGGACAAUACACACCUCAACAGUGUCAUGGUUCCAAUGGACAUUGUUGGUGUGUGGACAGUCAAGGACAAGAAAGACCAGGAACUAGAACUCCACCUGGUACAACACCAACGGAUUGCGAUAAACCAGAACGUCCUAAAACCCACUGUGAGCAUCACAGAGACAGAGUCCAGACCACCAGUCCAGAAGGUUAUCCUGUAGUGGGAGCUUUUGUACCUGAGUGUGAUGCUAAUGGACAAUACACAGCUCAACAGUGUCAUGGUUCCAAUGGACAUUGUUGGUGUGUGGACAGUCAAGGACAAGAAAGACCAGGAACCAAAACUCCACCUGGUACAACACCAACGGAUUGCGAUAAACCAGAACGUCCUAAAACCCACUGUGAGCAUCACAGAGACAGAGUCCAGACCACCAGUCCAGAAGGUUAUCCUGUAGUGGGAGCAUUUGUACCUGAAUGUGAUGCCAAUGGACAAUACACACCUCGACAGUGCCACGGUUCUACUGGACAUUGUUGGUGUGCAGAUAAUAGAGGGCAGGAAAGAGAAGGAACCAGAACUCCAGCCGGCACAGCACCUAUAAACUGUGACCCACGAGAUGGACCACAGGUCAAAACCCAGUGUGUGCACCAUCGUGACAGUGUGCAGACCACCAUUCCUCAGGACUCCUCUACAGUGGGAGGGUAUGUCCCUCAGUGUGAUGCUGACGGGCAGUACACACCACUACAGUGCCAUGGUUCCACUGGGCAUUGUUGGUGUGUAGACAGCCAGGGACAGGAAAGACCUGGAACCAGGACUAGGCCUGGAGUACCACCUACAGACUGUGACAACUCAGAAGAAUCUGUACGUCCUAAAACCCACUGUGAGCAUCUAAGAGACCGAGUCCAGACCACCAGUCCAGAGAGUUAUCCUCUAGUGGGCACUUUUGUACCUCAGUGUGAUGCUAAUGGCCAAUACACACCUCAACAAUGUGAUGGCUCGACUGGACAUUGUUGGUGUGUGAACAGUCAAGGGCAAGAGAGACCUGGAACCAGAACUCCUCCUAAUACAACACCAAUAGAUUGUGAUAAACCAGAACACUCUAAAACCCACUGUGAGCAUCACAGAGACGGAGUCCAAACAACCAGUCCAGAAGGUUAUCCUAUAGUUGGAGCUUUUGUACCUGAAUGUGAUACUAAUGGACAAUACACAACUAAACAGUGUCAUGGUUCCAGUGGACAUUGUUGGUGUGUAGACAGUCAAGGACAAGAAAGACCUGGAACUAGAACUCCACCUGGUACAACCCCUGUGAACUGUAAUAAACCAGAUGAACAUCCUAAAAGCCACUGUGAGCAUCACAGAGAUAGAAUCCAGACCACCAGUCUAGAAGGGUAUCCUCCAGUUGGAGCAUUUGUACCCCAAUGUGAUUCUAAAGGACAAUACACACCUCAACAAUGUCAUGGUUCCACUGGACAUUGUUGGUGUGUGAACAGUCAAGGACAAGAAAGACCAGGAACCAGAACUCCACCUGGUACAACACCAAUAGACUGUGAUAAACCACAACGUCCUAAAAGCCACUGUGAACAUCACAGAGACAGAGUCCAGACCACCAGUCCAGAAGGUUAUCCUCUAGUGGGAGCUUUUGUGCCUGAGUGUGAUGCUAAUGGACAAUACACAGCUCAACAGUGUCAUGGUUCCAGUGGACAUUGUUGGUGUGUGAACAGUCAAGGACAAGAAAGACCUGGAACUAGAACUCCACCUGGUACUACGCCCGUGCACUGUGAUAAACAAGAUGAACGUCCUAAAACCCGCUGUGAGCAUCUAAGAGAUGGAGUCCAGACCAACAGUCCAGAAGCUUAUCCUCUCGUAGGAGCUUUUGUACCACAAUGUGAUAUCAAUGGACAAUACAGACCUCAACAGUGUGAUGGCUCGACUGGACAUUGUUGGUGUGUGGACAAUCAAGGACAAGAAAGGCCUGGAACCAGAACUCCUCCUAGUACAACACCAAUUGACUGUGAUAAACCAGAACACCCUAAAACCCACUGUGAGCAUCACAGAGACAGAGUUCAGACCACCACUCCAGAAGGUUAUCCUAUAGUGGGAGUUUUUGUACCUGAAUGUGAUGCUAAUGGACAAUACACACCUCAACAGUGCCAUGGUUCCAAUGGACAUUGUUGGUGUGUGGAUGGUCAAGGACAAGAAAGACCUGGAACCAGAACUCCACCUGGUACAACACCCACAGACUGUCAUAAACCAGAACGUCCUAAAAGCCACUGUGAGCAUCACAGAGACCGAGUCCAGACCACCAGUCCUGAAGGUUAUCCGCUAUUGGGAGCAUUUGUACCUCAAUGUGAUGCUAAUGGUCAAUACACACCUCUACAGUGUCAUAGCUCGACUGGACAUUGUUGGUGUGUGGACAGUCAAGGACAGGAAAGACCUGGAACCAGAACUUCUCCUGGUACAACACCAAGAGACUGUGAUAAACCAGAUAGACAUCCUAAAACCCACUGUGAGCAUCACAGAGACAGAGUCCAGACCACCAGUCCAGAAGGUUAUCCUCUAGUGGGAGCUUUUGUACCUCAGUGUGAUGCUAACGGACAAUACGCAGCUCAACAGUGUCAUGGUUCCAGUGGACAUUGUUGGUGUGUGGACAGUCAAGGACAAGAAAGACCAGGAACCAGAACUCCACCUGGUACAACACCAAUGGAUUGUGAUAAACCACGACAUCCUAAAACCCACUGUGAGCAUCACAGAGACAGAGUCCAGACCACCAGUCCUGAAGGUUAUCCUCUGUUGGGAGCUUUUGUACCUGAGUGUGAUGCUAACGGACAAUACAAGCCUCAACAGUGUCAUGGUUCCACCGGACAUUGUUGGUGUGUGGACAACAACGGUCAGGAGAUAACAGGAACUAGAACUCCACCUGCUAUUUCUCCAGUGGACUGUGACAGACAUGUCCACGUGUCUCCAACCCAGCGUCCCGAGAGUGUGUGCGAGCGAUGGAGGACCAGCUUAAUGGAGCACUAUGGUGGGAAGCCAGAGCCGCAACAAUACCUACCCCAGUGUGAGCCUGAAGGAAACUUUAGUCCGGUCCAGUGCUAUGGCGAGACCACCUACUGCUGGUGUGUGGACCAGGAUGGGCGAGAGGUUCCUGGCACCAGGUCACAUGAGGCCGUCAAACCUGCAUGCCUUCCCUCAGUGGCCCCACCCACUGUGCGUCCUUACCCCCGCCCAGAUGUGACUCCACCCCCUAACGCGGCUGUCACAUUGCUCUACGCUCAGGGGCAGAAGAUAGGAGCACUGCCCCUCAACGGGACCAGACUGGAUGCAAGCCGCUCCAAAACACUACUGACCCUACAUGGAUCCAUCGUGGUCGGUUUAUCCUACGACUGCAAGGAGAACAAAGUAUAUUGGACGGAUUUGUCUGCACGCUCCAUUAAUAGAGCAGCUUUAUCGCCAGGAGCUGAGCCAGAGAUACUCAUCAACUCAAAUCUGGUCAGUCCAGAAGGUUUGGCUGUGGAUGUAAAGCGAAGGCUGAUGUUCUGGGUGGAUUCUAACCCCGACCUGAUCGAAAGGUCCAACCUGGACGGCAGCGAUAGGAGGACGCUUUUUGACACCCAACUUGUCAACCCCAGGGCCAUCAUCGUGGUCUCGUCCACUGGUUCUCUAUACUGGACCGACUGGAACCGAGAGGCUCCCAAGAUCGAGAGCUCGUCAGUGGACGGCCAGAACCGCCGGGUGGUUGUGACCGACGGGAUCGGUCUGCCUAACGCCUUGACCUUCGACUCGUCUUCAAGACAAAUCUGCUGGGCCGAUGCAGGUACCAAGCAGCUGGAGUGCAUAUUCCCUGACGGCUCAGGGAGAAGAGUGAUCCACCCCAGUGUCAACUACCCUUUCAGUAUGGUUUACCACCACAACCACUUCUACUACACCGACUGGAGAAGGGACGGCGUGAUCGCUCUCAGCAAAGACGGCGGUAAACUCACAGAUGAAUACCUGCCAGAUCAGCGGUCUCACCUCUACGGGAUCGCCAUAGCAACGUCCCACUGUCUAUAAGGAAGGGCUAACAGCAGAGUAGCAGCAGUGCGGUCCUUUGGUGCUAAAAUUCUGGGAUCGUUCCGAGUGGCGGACAUAAGGAGGAAAAGAAAGCUGCAGAAGGAACAACAUGGAUUCUUGUGAAGCAUCAAGAUAUAACCCCGCAUUAAAAGUUCUGUACAUUUGUUUUAUACCUCAUUUUAACAAUCUUUCUACUGUAUUUUUUCUCAAAGCCAAAAAAUAGAUCACAUUUGUGUUGUGAAGAAAUAGUUUAAACUAGAAAUGACCACAUUUAAAAUGUUAUUACAGGUUAGACAAGUAUGCCAUUUUAGCCUCACGUGAAGACAAGAAGCACCGAUCCAAACUGAGGAAUGUAAUCAGAUUACUAAGGCUGUCAAGAUUACAGCAGCUGGUUAACAUGUUUUUUUCUAUGUACCACAAAGCUUAUCUCAUUAUAACAAGAUGUGAUAUUUAUAACAAUAAAAUGUGAUUUGCUA